CGUGCGAAGGAAAAAUCGGAAAAGAAGUGCAGCGAGAACCAAAGGAGGGUCACAGAAACAUCCAAACAAGGAUGUAGUUGGGACAGAAAUUUCAAAAAUAACAUGUUCAUCUAGCAGAUCGAAGGUUGAUCUAACAUACAAAGAACUUGGCGUUGCAGAGCUGCAAUGGCCCGCCGCGGACGAACGAGAACUGAGCCAAGAAAUAAUGAGAGUGAAUCCACUAAAUAGGCAGUCCAUUCUUCAGGCUCCCUGUCAGAAGUUUGUUGUUAGUCAUUGGGGAAAAACUUCAUCAUUAGUGGCAAGUGGUUCAUCAUCCACUAACAGCAAAGCCUGGAAAAGUGGACCAAAAUCAAAAGAAUCAACAGCCUGUGUUCAUAAAAGGAAAAGAACUGAUGUGAAAGAAAAACCUACUCCUAAUUAUUGGAUGAUGUUAUCUGAUGAAAUAAUUCUGUCAAUCUUUCAAUUCUUACCAAAGAAGACAAUAGUAAGAUGCGCUAGAGUUUGCAAACACUGGCAAAGGCUAAUGUAUGAUGAAAGUCUAUGGCAUCGUGUAGACAUGACUAAGUCAAACCUCUUACCUGGUUUGUUAGGAAAAGUAUUAAAACGAGGAACCAGGGUGUUGCGAAUAGCCCAUGCAAAGGUUACUUCACCUUUAUGUGAUGAUAAUGCUCCAUUCUUCCUUGAUGUAGUUCCUCUGUCACCAAAGUCACCAAGUAAGUCGUUAUUCAACCUGAGAUUAUUAGAUGCCACUUCAUGCAGUUUUCAAGAGGAUACCCUCCUCUGCCUUCUCAUGCAAUCGAAACAGCUGACCCACAUCAGUUUGGAAUCCUGCAAGGUUUCUACAGCCAUAUUAAAAGCCGUCAGUGAACUGCGCAAUCUUGAAGUUUUAAAUCUUGCCAUGUGCACUGGUGUAACAAUCACAGGAAUUUGCUCCUUGGUUAAAGGUGGAAAAAACUCCAGACUCAAGCAGUUAAAUUUAGCAUGGACAAACCUCACAAAGGCAACAAUGAUGCAGCUUAUAAAGAAUCUACCACAGCUGCAACAACUCAACCUCAGUGGAUGUAGAGAAACUCUUACUGAUGACUGUAUUAUUUUGAAAACUAAUAGUCUGAUAAUUUAUCUUUACAGUGAUGGAGUAAUGUUAACUACUCAAUCUCUAGAGGCAAUUCUCAAACUAAAGAACUUGGUUUGGUUGGGUGUUAGCAGAUGUUACAGUAUUCCACCAGUUUCUUUCAGCUUAUUUACCAAGAUCAAAUCACUUAAAACUCUGCAGCUCUUUGGUCUUCUGAACACAGAAGGUGUUGAACUACUGAAGGCUGACCUUCCAAACGUCAAUGUGAACAAGUCAUUUUUCUCAACUAUUGCAAGACCAGUUGGGUCUGUGUACUUAGGAAUGAUAUGGGGGGUCCAGUGCAAAGAUUAAAAAUUACUAAUUAUUUUAAAUUAGGUUAUUAUAUCUCCAUGAGAUAUUCUUACACUUUUUAAGAUUCUUUCUGGGCAAUUUGAUUUAAAUUUCGAAAAGUUUCUCUCCUAUAAAUUUUUGUAUUGUGGUUAAUGAUUGUAAUUAAUCCCUUUGGUUUCAUGUACUCUUUUUAGAGAAAUACGACUUUUUUAAGCCUGGAGGCUUCAUUUUUUCUGCAUGACAUUAUCUUCAUUUCAAUUCAAAAUUUUAAAUUUUUCUAAAUAUAUUUUUUAUAUCCAGCAUUUUCAGAUGCAGUUGAUCUCAGAGAGAUGCAAUUAUUUUAAGUUAGAAAAAUUGGUAUAAUAUGUAAGUCAGACUUGACACAAAUUUCUUAGUUUGGACAGUUUUUCAAUCAAGAAGUUAAUUGUUCAGUUUUUGAAACAUACCAAAUGUAAUUAUAUUUUCUCUUACAUCAGUAUAGAGUAUGUCUUCAUUGGCAAAAUUUAAUAUGUAUUUUAAUUAGUUCAUCAAUCAACUGUUCAGAUCUUAGUGUAUUUUACUUCAACACUCUAAUUGUUAAUUCUCCCUUCUAGCAGCUACUCCUUUCUAAGCAAAUAAGUUGUGAGAAUUUGGUAUUAGAUCAAGAUAACUUCUAUCUGAUAAAUUUAAGUAUUCUCAUUACCUGUUUGCUAGAUGAUGUAUAGAUUUUAUAGGGAGAACUUGCUUGUUAAUCACUUCUGGAAGUUAAAGGGUAACCAACAACAGUGAUCCAAUUCACAAGCAUUUCCAGCUUAGCCCUUUUAAUGGUGGCUAUCCCAAGUUGUGAUGCACACAGAAUAUGCCAUAUCAAAACAUAUGCAAAUGCUAUCCAACUGAUAGCAUUUCAAUAUAUUAAUUUCAGUGGCUCUUAAUGUUCCAUGCUUCCUAAAGUUAAAGUAAUAAAUACAAUAAGUCAUAUUAGAAAUACACAAGCUUAUGGA